AUGCGUUCCCCGGCGCCACGUAGUGCUCGCGCCGCCCCCGGCGGCUCGGGCGCCGCCUCCACGGCCCCCGGCGCCGCCCCCGGGUCUGGAGCCGGCGGCUCAGCGGCAUCGGGAGGCGCUGCGACGCCACCUCCGCCCCCAGCGUCUUCAUCCACCGGCGCCGCUGCGUCCGCGGCGGCCGGAGGCGGCAAGAGGGGCCCAGGGGCGGCUCUGCCCCCACCGCCCCCCAGCAAAAAGAGGAAAGUGACUGUGGAGGCAGCGAAGAAGAAAGCGGCCGCCCCCGCGGUGCGGAAGCUGAUAGCCAAGGUGGCGGCCACCGCAGCCGCCAAGGGCGCUCGCAAGGCCAAGCCGCCCCCGCCGCCACCGGCCAAGAGGCAGGACCGCCAGAGGACGGCCGCCGCCCCCAGCAAGCAGCAGCAGCAGCAGUCCAAGAGCCCCACCAGGAAGCAGAACGUGAGUAAAUUUCUAUGA